CAGCCAACAAGUCCAUUAUAAUAUUAUUCUGCCUGGUUUUCCUUUGCAUCCUUUCGGUGGUGACAUGUAAGUCAGGCCCCAAUAUAUUGCCAGCAAGCGGUUGUGUACACGAGGGGAUAACUAUGAAGAUUGGCAGCGCCCAUAGGCCACUGGACAAGUGUAUACAGUACAGCUGUGUUAAAAAGGGGGUUAUCAAUGCAAAGAUAUGCCCCUUGGCGGCUGCCAAGCAGAACUGCACAAUUAUAGAAGAUGUGACGCAACCAUUUCCGAAGUGUUGUGCCACCUUGGAGUGUUGAAAAGCGUAAAAAUAUAGUACAGUUCCAUUGCAAGAUCUUAUAUUUCUAAGAGAAGUAGACCUCAUAGAGGAUGCGUGAUAACCCAUUUUUAUUUAUUUGUGUGUUGUAAAAUGAGACUUAAGGGUUUGAGAUAAAAGAAUCAACUUUUAUUAAAUCAAAACAAUAUUAAAUGCAUAAUAAAUCAUAUUAAGAAAAUAAUAGUAAUUUAAGCAUAAAUCUGAAUAUCUGUACGUUCAUUAAAGAAAGAAUUCAUCAA